AUGAAGCCGGCUGGUAGCCGUGCGCCGCCCGACGAGCUGUUCCUGAGCGGCGACGAGGGCGACGACCAGGACGACGACGGUGCCGCCCCCGAGGAGCACGACAAGCUCGAGCAGCUCGCCGCCGAGCUCGACUCGCUCGACAAGCAGAUCCGCAACCUGAAGAAGCUCCAGGCCGAGAUCCACACCGAGCGCGACACGCUCCUCGCCACCAUCGCCAGCCGCAAGUCGAGCGCCGCGCCGACUCGCCGCCCCGGUGCCGCACCCGUCGCCAAGGUUGCAGCAUCUGCCGUCGACUACACGCUGUCGGACGCCUACUCGUGGUCGCGCGAGGCCAAGGAGCUCGCCAAGGACGUGUGGGGCGUGACGGCCUGGAGGAUGGCGCAGGAGGGCGCCAUCAACGCGACCAUGGACGGGCGCGACGUCGUCACCGUCAUGCCGACCGGCGGCGGCAAGUCGCUCAUCUACCAGGUCCCGGCGCUCCUGUCGCCCGGCCUCACGGUCGUCAUCACGCCGCUCAUCUCGCUCAUGUCGGACCAGGUCCACAACCUCCUCGAGCGCGACAUCGCGGCGGCCGCGAUCCACGCGUCGGCGUCGCAGGACGAGAUCAAGCGCGUCAUGAAGCGCAUGCUCGGCGCGGCGGCAGCGCCCAAGGGCAAGGGCAAGAAGAAGGCCGCCCUCGACGACGAAGAUGACGACGCCGAGCCGCUCAAGCUCGUCUACGUGACGCCCGAGCGCGUCGAGAAGAGCAAGACGUUCGUCAACACGCUCCAGAAGGCGUACGACGCCGGCCUCUUGAGCCGGUUCGUCAUCGACGAGGCGCACUGCCUGAGCUCGAUGGGCCACGACUACCGCCCGGGCUACCUGUCGCUGCAGCGCCUGCGCGUCCUGUUCCCGCGCAUCCCGAUCCUCGCCGUCACGGCGACGGCGCCCAAGAACGUCGUCGCCGACAUGCUCAAGAUCCUCGGCCUCUCGCCGCGCACCUCGCCCGGCAACGCCGCUCUCCCCAAGACGACCGUCCUGUUCAGCGCGCCCCUGUACCGCCCCAACUUGCGCUACAGCGUCGUCGCCAAGCCCGCCAGCGUGCAGGUCGCGCUCGAGGCCAUCGUCGACUGGAUCCUCGAGCACCACGCCGGCGGCGAAAGCGGCAUCAUCUACUCGCUCAGUCGCGCCGACGCCGAAAACAUCACUAAGGGCAUCAACUCGAGCGCUCGGGCCAAGGGCAAGCUGCGCGCCGCCGUCUAUCACGCCUACAUCGACGACGCCGAGAAGCAGCGCGUGCACGACCAGUGGCGCUCGGGCCGCAUCCAGGUCGUCGUCGCGACCAACGCGUCGUUCGGCCUCGGGAUCGACAAGGCCGACGUGCGCUACGUCGUCCACCACGCGCUCCCCAAGUCGCUCGCCAACAUGUACCAGGAGAGCGGGCGCGCCGGCCGGGACGGCCGCCCCGCCGACUGCAUCACGUUCUUCCGCGCCGCCGACGCUUCGCGCCUGUCGACCCUUACGUACGACACGUUCUCGAGCGGCGGCAAGGAGAAGCUGUACGAGGUCAUCGAGUACGCCGAGGACAAGAAGACGUGCCGCAAGGUCCUGUUUGCGCGCUACUUUGCGUCGACGUACGAUGCCGGGACCGCCUUUGACGCCGACGACGAGGACGGCGACGCUCCCUGCGGUCAGUGCGACAACUGCCUGCGCGACCCGGCCACCGUCUCGACCGUCGACGUCUCGCUCUCAGCGUACCGCGCACUGCGCAUCAUCUCGGCGGCGACGGCGCAGCGCGGCACACUCACGCUCCCGCAGGCGGCCGACCUCGUGCGCGGCAACGGCGGCGGGACCUUCUCGACGCAGGAGGCCAAGAGCAAGGGCAAGGGCAAGGUCGACGUCAAGGCUGAGGCGGGUGGCAAGGUCGAGCUGAGCAAGGACGAGACGGAGCAGAUGCUGCUCAUGCUCCUCGUCGAGGGGCGGCUCCAGGAGGAGUUUCACGCGACCGCCUACUCGGUCAACGCCUACGUCCGCCCCUCGUCCCGCGCCAUCCGCCUUACGCGCCUCGACCCCUCGUCCGUCUCGUCCGCCGCCGACCUGCCCGUCUCGCUCUCGAUCGACGUCCUCGUCGCCGGCUCGGGCUCGGGCGGCGGCGCCAAGAAGCGCAAGGCGCCGGCUGCGACGGCGGCGACGGGUGGAGCGAGCGGCGCCAAGAAGCGCAAGAAGAUCGCCCCGCCUGUCGAGACGGACGACGAGGCCGAGGACGAGGACGAGGACGGGCCCGGUGACGAGUGGGACGCCGGGGCGGGGCGCUUCGGCGGCGCGGUCGACGACGAGGAGCUCGAGGCGUUUGAGCAUGCGCGUGCGCUCGAACCGAGCAGCGAUGGCGCGAUGGACGACGACGGGUGGGCGUCGG